AUGAUUUAUGAUAAUUCGACUUGGAAUUCUCAUCCAAUUUAUUCCAAAGCGAUUUGGAUUCGUGUUGAAAAUCAAAAACGUUUUUGGUUCAUCAAAAGAUUUCUUUCUCGUCAUUUAAUCGAAUCUUAUCGUUUCAUUUGGAUUCUCGAUGAAGAUGUUCAAUUUGAUUUCCAUCCUUUAACAUACGAAUGUGUUGUAAAUCAUUAUCAAAUUCUUUCGGAGAUGUGUUUCAAAAAUAUUUCAUCAAAGAAGAUUUGUGCCAUUUUAGAUUCAUUCUCCAUGAAUCAUCUUUCACAAGGAAUCAAUACGGUUGAUGUCGGAAAUCGAGAAUUACCCGCUUAUCAGGGAUUUUAUCAGAAAUAUAAAACAAAAAAACAAAGUUUUGGAGCAAUUGAUCAACAUUCAUCAAUUUUAUAUUCGUGUACAAAUCAAUCGAUGACGUGA